AUGACACUGACCUCCUCUCCCCGUCAGAAAGUGGUGGUGGUGGGUGCGGGCCCCGUCGGUUCCCUGGCGGCGCUGUACGCAGCAUCGCGCGGUGACGAGGUCGAAGUAUAUGAACUCCGCGGUGGUAUGUUCUAUCCUCUGGACUCUGGCAUGGAUUGGAACUUCUCCGGGUCCGGGCAAAUUUUAUAUCGCGGUCCCCGCAGGGUCCUUUGGGCCGUUGCGCCUCUUCCCUUCCCACCCGCAGUCCCAGGUUGUCGUGUGCAUCGCAUCUCUGCGGGCUUGUCCCUCGCGACUUACGAAAUUCCCCGAAAAGCCAAUAAUAAUGUCCGCGCCUCCGUAGAUCUCCGCGAUCCCACGACGGUUCCGCUGAACUUCACCAAGUCGAUCAAUCUGGCCAUCUCCGAGCGCGGCAUCACCGCUCUGCAGGGCUCUGAUCGCCCGAGCCUGAUCGACGAUGUGCUCCGCGAGACGAUCCCCAUGUACGGGCGGAUGAUCCACGGCCGAGACCGCGGCUCCCUGUGGGAGGCUGCUCAGGCCUAUGAUGUCCACGGCCGGGCUAUCAAUGCUCUCGAUCGGAGUGCGCUCAACAAUGCGCUGCUCGACGAGCUGGAACGCACUCCCAAUGUCAAGCUGUUCUUCAAUCACAAGCUAACCGGCGCGGACUUUCGUACCAACAAGGCAUGGUUCGAGCGUCGCAUACCCGGUGAUACCCCCAGCCUGACAAUCUGGGCGUGGCCGGCCGUGUGCCCGAAAUCGAGGUCUCGUUCGACUAUCUCCUUGCAGGAGUAUAUCGACACUCUGUGGUGCGAGUUCCGCAUCCCCCCGUCUGACGAUGGGAACUUCCGCAUUUCUCCAAAUCACCUACACAUCUGGCCCGGGCAGGAAUUCAUGUUCAUCGCCCUCCCAUCCGCGGACAAGUCGUUUACCUGUACCUUAUUCGCUCCCUCGUCCCACUACACAACCUUGGAAAAUUCACCUGAGCAGCUACAUGCCUUUUUUGAUUUGCACUUUCCGGGAGUGUGCCCCGAACUCAUUGAACCUGAAGCGCUGAGCGAGCAGUUCGCCAUCAACCCGCAUCUCCCCUUGAUCAGCAUCAAGUGCAAGCCCCAUCACUUUAGUGCAAGCGUGGCAAUCAUCGGCGACGCAGCGCAUGCAGUGCUUCCAUUCUAUGGACAGGGUCUCAACGCUGGUCUGGAAGACGUUCGCGUUCUGUUCGAGCAACUUGACCAGCAUGGCGUGUACGAUGUCGAUCUUAGCGUCUAUACCCGCAGUGUUCGCCGCCAGGCAGCUUUCCAAGCAUACACCACCCAGCGAUGCGAUGACACUUAUGCCAUCAACGACCUUUCCAAGCAGAACUAUCUCGAGAUGCGCUGGGGCGUCAAGUCUCCUCUGUACAAGCUGCGCAAGUCAAUCGAGGAGACAAUUGACCGUCGCCUGCCAUUCCUUGGCUGGAAGACACAGUACGCCCGUGUCAGUUUUAGUAACCAGCGGUACUCCGAGGUCAUUGCCGCUGUGCAACAACAGAGCCAGAUGCUUGGCCUUGGUCUCACCUCCGCGAUUAUCACUGGUGUCGGCGCACUGGCGAUGCUGGCAUGGAAACAUCCACGUGGCCUUUCACCGGUGUGGAUUUGGCACACUUCGCUGCAUGGACUGGCGUCGAUUUGCCCGCGACUGUUCCGGUGA